CGCUUUCUUUCGAAAUGGAAGGAUACGCUGCAAUCUUGCUUCUGGAUUUGCGCUCUUUUCGAUAAAAUGGCUUGUAUAUAGCUCAGAAAAUGCGUCUGAAAGUUCAGGAAUCUUUUCUGUUGAUUUGGUGGCAUAAGGAGGUGUGCAUGUUCUAAUGAAAGACUGGAAUUUAGCAGGAAUUGACGUUUGCGUGAAACUAAAACUCAGUAUACAGCCGAUUGAUUGUUCUUGACCUCCAGAAGUAGUAAUCAAUUUCUGACAUGGCGCCUGCGGUAACAGAAUAUUUUUGAAUCUCAAGGAGUCGUUAUGGAUGAGAAGUAGAAAAUAAAGGAAAAAGCGUGGAAAUCAGAAUUUAAAGGAAGCCGUUGACAUGGAAACGUUUACAGAUAUAUUCUCAGAAAGGUGAGCUUAUAAUUAUGCAUGAUAACAAAUCGAAUGUAAACAGAUUGUUAACUAAUUCACUAAUUCAUAAACCACAGAUGAUUUUGAACCUUGUAUCCAAUUCCCCCCCCCCCCCCACUAGUUAGUUGGGGUGUACAUAGCUAUUCAUUAAUAAAAAAUUAAAUGACUCAUAGGGCUGAACCGGUCCAGGUUUUCUGAAAACAAUAGCGCUGAUUUAGCAAAAGAAAGGGAGCGUCAGUUGAUAACAGAAAAGUACGCAGAAAAGAACUAAACACUACUUCCGGUGCCGAGUUUGCCGCUCUGCCAUUGGUCAAGCCAGUUGUUUGAGUUGCAUGUGCCGUCAUCAAUUGACGUUCUCAUUCUGUUGCUAAAUCAGCCUAAUGUUCUUGUGGUUAUGGUAAUUAUAUGACCAGGAAGGGGGAAGGAAAGACAAAAUACAAUUAUUUGUUUGUAUAGAAGAGAUAAGGAUAUCCUCUAUAAUAGGAAGUGGUCUAUUUACAUUUUAAUGGCCCACUAAUAAUUAUACAUGUACUUGUUUCAGUCUGGAUGAUUUGGCAAGGUAGAUUCGCAGGUAAUCUUUGUCAAAAUUGCUUUAAUCCUGAUGCCCACCCCCUUGUUAAAUUUAAACUUAAAUGGCCACCGAUAACAAGAAGCGCUUGAUCCGGACCAGGCAAUCCUACAGAAAAACAGGAGACUUUGGACCUGGGGGGGUACUCCCAUACAUUACCUAUACAGGUAUGUGCCGCCCAAAGGGGUCGUGAUUUCAAAGCUCCUGAUUUAGAAUGGGGUAUCCAUUUCAGAGGCGUUUUCUAGAACGGGGUAUAAAAUUUCGAACGCACGAAAGCUCCACUUUUGUAAGCAGCCAUUUGAAAGUAUUCAAGGACAGAUUGCUUUUAAAAAUACGGUUCAAUGCGUUAACAAGCAAACUGUUGUGCUCUUGUUGCACCCUAGAACGGAGUAUAAAAAAUUGGCCUAUUUCUAGAACGGGGUAUCAGUUUUAGGGCGAAUACUAGAACGCGGUAUAAAAAAUUGCCCCAUUUUUAGAACGGGGUAUCAAUUUUAGGGGAAAUUUUUUCUAGAACGGGGUGCCAAUUUGGAGUCCCGGGCAGCACAUACCCACCUAAAAAAUACCCAAGUGCCCCCCGCCCGGGAUUUUGGACUGUCUAGAUAUCAUUAGGUUGGCAGAUUAUCUUACCAAGACCCUUGGCUCUGCUAAAAUUGAACCACAACAACAUCAUACCUAACCUUUGAAAUCAAUGUGAUAACAUCUAAGUCACUGCCAAUGGGUUGACUGAGUAGCCGCACCACUUCUCCGCAGUUUGCAAAUUGAAUGUACACACAUGUAUGUUUUUUUGAUGGAAAAUGCUAAAUUGGUAAUAAACUGAGCCAUGCAUAUAAAUUCUCACCUGAUCAAAAUAAAUGAUCAUAUACUCAUACUAUAUCCCUAGACUGCUAGUAAAAGUGAUCAUCUUGAUAUUAAGCUCCAUAACAACAGUUUAUACAACUGUAGGUCACAGUGGAUCGCUGCUAAAAUGUGACUUUGUAAAUACGUGUUGUUUUUUUUAAUGAGAGAGCACACUUGUUAUAAACCCUGGUUACCGGUUAUUGGACUUUGGAUUUUUGUAAUAUUAUUGUAAUAGACCCCUCUUCACUGAAUAAAAUGUAGAAAAAGGAAUAUCAAGUAAUAUUAUAGACAAUUCAAUGCUGGUAUUAAUACACCACAUUGUUCACAUCUCUGACAUAAGAAAAUUUAAAAAAAUACUGCUAGUAUUCUUUCUUGGUUAUCAGCACAGCGUACAUACAGUGCAUAAUUUUGUUCACAAAAUGUCAUAUUUAGAUCCAUUAUACGUGUAACAAAAUCAUUCUGAUAACCCAGUAGUUGCCUUCCUUUGCUUUCUUCUCUUCAAAACAGAUCUGAAAUGGGAUUGGAUUUGUUUUGCACACUUGGACUUCAUGUACAUGUAAAAGCAGAAGAGAAGAAAAAAAGCCUACAAGAGUUUCUGUAUUAUUUGCAUGCAGAUGAAUUCUACAGGCUAAAAGAAACUGUUUAGUUUUUCUCCCAAGCACAUCACUGAAAAUCAAGUUGUUUUACAGGUCUUGAAUUUAUAUUUUAAAAUUUUUAAAAAAAUAAGCACUCAUGCAAUUAACCUUCCACUGGUUUUGCUCUAAUAAUUUCUAAAACUUAAGUCUCAUUUAGUUCUCUCAAAAAUUAAAAAAAUAUACAUUCAUAAUCAAGUAUACUGAAGUUUUCAAUUUACAGUUUUUGUAAAUUUAUUUUACCUCAUCUGACCACAGUGGUUUUGUUUGUGCUUCACUGGCCUGAAGUUCAUAACUUGAAAGCCUCCGUCGAUGUAAUUGCGGUGACGGUGAUCUAAAUCCUUUUGAGAUCUUUGGUGGAGCCAACAUAAUAUUAUUUUGAAACAAGUUUAUCUUUCAUAGAAUAUAAUCAAAUGGGGUGGUUAUAGUAAUUGAGUAUUCUGGGUUUUUUUUGGCAAUAUGUAAAUUAGGUUAGGCAGGUGUAAAUUUGUGAAUGGCAUACAUGUCCAUAACUUAAUAUUCAUGGUAAUGUCAAUGAAUUAUUCUCAUUAUUUUGUAAACAAAUUUUUUUGGUGUUGAUUAAAGAAUGUCUGAGUUAUCACACUGUCCAGAUUUGGUUUAAUUAAGUUAAUUUAUAUCGUCGCUGUGUAGCUUGCUGGAAGAAUGAAAUAAACUUCAUAUGUGGGUAUUUGUCACGUGUACUUAAAAAAAAGUUCAAUAAGCUUAGAAAAUAAAGAAGUUCUAUUUGAGAGUGAAUACUAAAAAUUAUUUUGUGUAGUGGCUGUACCCUUUUGAAUGAAAGCACUCUGAAAAAGCCUAGCAUUCCAGGUAUAAAGAGGUUUUGCACUUGUUGGGAUGUUUAAAGGGAUUGACAUCUUAUUUUACUCUUUUAAAAAAUAUCAGGAAAACUGUUGUAUAAAUUUAAAUUUACUGUAUUUGCUUAUUUUGGGAUACUAGUGGCUGUGAAGGGUGCUUACUGCACAGGCCCUGGUGGUAUGGGCCUUGGUAUCAAGUGUAAAGUUUGUUGGUACUGCAUUUGUACUGUGUUGAUCCUUUAUCUACUGUACCCCAUCAUACUCUCAAAGUGCAGUGAGCUUAUUUAUUAGUUUCAGGCUUAGUUAAUAUUCUGACCUGGAAAUAUUUCAGUUCAUCUCUGUUGGCUACUCACAUGUACAUGUAAGGUGUUUCCAUCAUUUUUACAUGAAUCAGUCGGUUCAAUUUUCCUUUUGCAAAACUGUUGUUCUGAACUGACCAACACAAUUAUUGCCAUACACAGAAACAAAAAACAAAAAAAUGAAAAUUAAACCACAACAAUAUCUUACUGUUUCUUUACCGUUUUUUAUCUAGCUUGAUCAGAAAAGGAUCACUGACAUCAUGUGAGGAGGAGUUGAGAGAGGUACAGUGAAUUCAGGUGGAUUUUGAUAUAGCCAACAAUCAUCGUCAAAAGUGUUGGGAAGGCUACUAACUUUAUACCUUUUUUUCUUCUUCUCUGCUCCUGGCCCACUGCUGAACAAAAUUAAAUUUAUGAUAAUUAUUAUUUGCUUGUUUCCAAACAUUGAAUUGAGGAGGAUUAUUAAAGGGGAAAACCAUCUUUUUUGAACAUCAAAAUGAACUACUGUUAAGUUUUACAGUCUUUGCAACUACUUUUGUCCAGGAGUUUUGGUCGAUUUUCUAUUUUCUUUGUCUGCAAGGCCCAGAAGACAAAGGAAAUUGAAAAUCAAACUUGGUGACCUGUAACAUUAAUGUAUUAAAAGACAAUGUAUAUAAUUUUUUAAUUUGAUAAAUUUGUACUAGACUAAGUCAACUAGUUUGUGCAGUCAAAAUUGUAGUUCAUCUUGCCCUAGACAGUUUCAUUACUAAAAACAUUUAUUAUUUUAAGCUGUAAAAUUAAACUAGUAGUAAGAGCUCUUUAUACUUGAGAAAGUAUUAAGUAAAAUGUAUCAUCUAGCAAUAAUAAAUUUUUAGUAUUCUGAGGCAAACAAACAAAUAUAAAAAUAUUAUUCAAUAAAAAAGUGAUUGUAAUUAUGGCAAGGACUUAAAUGUGCAAACAGACACACACAAUGGUCUAAAAGGAUGUACAACUAUAACAGUUGAUUAUGUCUUUGAAAGGGACCUGAGGAUGAAUAAUUUAUUAGCAUCAGUCUGUAAACUUAUGAUGUACAGAUUCACACAUUGUACUUUAGGUUAAUGGGCACUAUUUUUUGUUCACAAAGGAAAACCUUGAACGUAAUUAAAUAUUAAUUAAUUAAGUUUUAUAAUAUUUUAGUUUCUGUAGCAUCCAGUUGGUAUAAGUUUUUCUUUUAACAAUGCCAUCUAAAACUCUUCAGGUAAUUUUUUUCUGUAAUUUAGUUUAGCUAUAAGUGACAUGGAAAAGUGAGUUUUGAGAUCUCUGAUCUGUGCAGGUAAAUCUUUUUGAAAGUUUCAAAUUGUUACAAGAUACAGAGGAUUGCAUUAUUUUUAAACUACAGGUAUACAUAUUAGUUUGAAAGAAUUUUGACUUGUGCUUUGUAAAAACUGAGCAGAAAGUGUAUUUUGUAUUGCCUUAAGUCAUAAGUUUCAUAAUAAUAUUUACGUUUUAUGUAAACAACACAUUAAUAUGGGUAAAUUUGGUGUAUUCUACAGCAUUUUUUUGUUGUUUUUUUUUUGUUUUUUAGUUUAAUUCUAAAUCUGUUGUGAAACAUGAAUUUUAUUAUCAUAGUUUUCCAUGAGAUUUUCAUUGCACAAUGUUGGUCUUAUAAGCACAUGUACAAAAUAAUGUAUAUAGUCAUUGUGUCCAGUAAAUGUUGUACAGGCUUUUUCCCAUGGUGAGAGAGGAGGGAGGGGGAUCUGUAAAGUAUUAAAAAGGUUUUGAAAGCUUCAAGUUAUCAUGAAAGUGAUAUGUUACACAAGAUGAUUUGCAAUGACGAUUUAUGGGGAAAAAAUGCUGGGACAAUGUUGUGACAAAUCCAAUCAAUGUUGCCUUGGUACUGUCACAAUGCUAUGUUGUGCUAAAUAUUGCAAAUCAUUCCCUGUAACAUAGCCUCAAAGAUGUCAGUAGUGGUAACUUAUUAACAUCCUUGAAAAAAACUGGGACUAAAGAAAAGGUCCUCAUUACUGGGGUUUAACUUACCGCAAUUGAUGUCCCACUGUAUUUUACUUACAGGUAAUUUAAAUGGUCAUUUUAGUUAAUGUUUCUGUUACUUUUGUUAAAUUUGUUGAUUCUUAUUCUCGUUCGUUAUUAGCUAAUGCGGCAAAUUGACCUGAUGGUGUCUGCUAAGAAAAGUGAGUGGGAAAAUCACAUGCAUGCUGUUCAGAUUCAGCUCGAUAAGAAAGCUAAGGAACUGGAGUUUGUUAAAAGUGAAAUGGAACACAAAAGUCAGGAGGUACAGGACACAAGUUUUAUUAUAAUAUUAUUUAUCAAUGUUUGAUAAUUCAGAUGCUCAUUUUCAUUAAUCAGAGUAUCUUCAGUUCAUUUAAGUAGAGUAGUAAUUGUGGCUGUGAAUGGCGGCACAUGAUAGCCGUGGCGAUGAACAUAACAACAAAACGUUUAAUCAUACACGAGGCUGAAUCAACUCACAAGUAUCAUCACAAACAUCCGUUAGAAAGCUUUAGAAAUCCGUAGCACGACAAAGAAAAACUGAAACAAACGACUUACAAACACUUGGGAAACUUGAAGAAAACCUUAGUGAAACUCCAGGUUAUUUCACGGUGGCCUCGUGCCCGCCAAUGCCGAGGCCCCAUGCGCAUGCUCCUAAUAAACAAGAGGGUAAGCCCGCUGGUCAGGAUACCAGCGGUUACAUGGCUCCCCAAAAUGUAAGCCUUGCCUUACAUUUUAACAACAACUGUAACUAUCUCGAUAACAGUCCUAAAACUUAUUUCCUAGAAAAAAGCGUUCAUAAAAGCUCGGGCUCCUCGUCGGGGAAUCCCGGUCUCUAAACAUUACGCCUCCAAAAGUAAGACGAGCUUGUUAACAGGCCUUUCCAACUUGGAGCCAUUGCCUGUCAGCACUGUCGCCGAUCGGACUCGAUCUUGAUCAUCAGGAUGCAUGGAUACGACCUUACCCAAAGGCCACCUAUUUCUCGGAGACUGGUUUUCCUUCAGUAAUACCACAUCUCCAACCUUGAAAUUUCUUUUUGGCCGAGUCCACUUGAUUCUUGCUUGUAACUGUUGUAAGUACUCUUUGCUCCACCUUGACCAAAACUCUUGUGCUAGGUGCUGCGUGCGUCUCCAUUUCCUUCGACAGUAUAAGUCUUCUCUCUUAAAUUCUCCUGGUGGAGGUAGCACGAGCCUUGUCUUUCCUGUCAGCAGCAUACUUGGCGACAAUGGUGGCUCUGAAAGAGGAUCGCUGAGUGUCUCUACCGUCAGAGGCCUGUUAUUAAUUGUAGAUUCUGCUUCGCAAAGGAAUGUUCUCAGCGAUUCUUCGUCAAGGCGAUUACCAUGCUCUCUAAUAAGACCACUCAUGACGUUUCUGAUUGACCUGAUUUGCCUUUCCCACACGCCUCCAAAGUUACUCGCGGAUGCAGGGUUCUUAAUCCAAUCGAUCUUGGCUUUAAGGAGUUCUGCUUUGACCUUUUGGUCGUCCAUCUCGUCAAUAGCUUUCUUGAGUUCGGCUUCCGCACCAAUAAAAUUCGUUCCUCUGUCACAACGAAUUUCUCUGACUGGUCCUCUUCUACAGAUGAACCGUCUCAAUGCUUGAAUAAAGGAAUCAGUUUCUAAGGAGUCUGCAACUUCUAUGUGUACAGCCCUACUUGCAAAACAAGUAAACAAUGCUCCGUAUCUCUUGACGACAGACCUUCCUCGUUGUACGUGCCAAGGGCCAAAGAAAUCGACUCCGCAGUAGGUGAAAGGCGGUGCUGGCUCCACGCGCGACUUCGGCAAGUCAGCCAUCUUCUGCUCUCCCACGGUACCUCGAAGGUAACGACAUGUUACGCAUUUGGAAAUAAACUGCCUGACCAUCGAAUUUCCACCGACGAUCCAAUAGCCACUAGCACGAAGCUCAUUCAACGUAAUUCCUCUUCCGCUAUGGUGUGUUCUUUCGUGCGCGCAGCUGAUAACCAGUGCAGUAAUGUGGCUUGACUUUGGUAAGAUGACAGGGUUUUUGAGUGACUCCGAUAGUGUCGCCUUCCGUAUUCGCCCGCCAACUCUCAUGACACCAUCACUGUCUAGGAAGGGGUCUAACGUGCGAAGCGUACUGGUUUUCUUCAGCACAGCCUUCUUUUCCUUUUCCACUUCCCGGCUACCGUACUUAGCGUUCGCUUGAACGAUUUGGAGACUUCUUAUUUCCGACGGAAAUGCUUGUCUUUGUACUUGUUUUAUGAUCUCCACUUCUGCUUCCUGUAAGUUGGCGACGUUAAGUUCUGCACUUGCAGGGGUGUUACUGACACACCUUUGUUCUGGUGAUCCAGCACUGGACUCCUUCCCUUUAGACAUGACCUUUACUCUGAGCUUCCUCUUGUACUUUAGGCAUAGUGCGACAGCUACCUUCGCUUUGUGCCAGCUUGAGAACCUGAGAAGUCUCUCAACUAUGACGUCGCUCUCUUUCACUACACAUGUGUUAACCUUAGUGCUCUUCACUUCGGGGGAAUCUGGGUCCACAGUGUCUUUGUAUGACUUUUCUUUCAGCCAACUGCUUGUAGGUUUUCUAAGGAAGUCAGGGCCUUGAAUCCAUUGUGAUUUCUCAACAAAGUCUUUAGGUGACAUACCCCUUGAACCUUCGUCUGCAGUAUUUGAAGUGGUUUCGACGUAAUACCACUGUGAGGGGGUGGUGUGAUCAUGAAUGAGUUGGACCCGGUUGGCAACGUAGACAUGAAACCGACUGGAUUCGUUACUUAUAAAGCCUAGGACGACUUUACUAUCCGUCCAAUAGUGAUCCUCAAUGUUCUCAUACUCUAGCUCAUCCUUUAGAACAUCACCAAUCUUGACAGAGACUGAGGCUGCAGCUAACUCUAACCUUGGAAUGCUGACGGUCUUUUUUGGCGUCACUCGCGCCUUUCCCAUAACAAAAGAGACAUGUACUUUGCCGUGUUCGUCUUCGAGCCUUAAAUACGAGCAUUGACCGUAACCACACGUCGAAGCGUCAGACAUACAGUGGAGUUGCGUGGACACAAUCUUUCCAAACUCCGAGGGCUUAAAGCUUCUUGGUACUUUCAAACUUUCAAGUAGGUACAGCUCAGUUCGCCAUCUUUCCCAUCUGCUGCGGGUGGCAUCGUCGACUGGCUCAUCCCAGCUAUUAGUGUGACAGAUGUCCUGCAAAAUUUUCUUUCCGACCAGUACUACAGGAGCGAUGAAACCCAAGGGAUCAUAAAUCGAGCUGAUGGUCGAUAGGAUGCCUCUUCGCGUGCAAGGUUUAUCCUUAAGUUCAAUCCUAAAGUUGAACGUGUCUGACUCAAUACACCAAAUAACUCCUAACGCUCUUUCUAUGGGUAACUUGUCCUGGCCAAGUGUGAGGUUCUUCACCUGUUCUGCUCUGUGUUCUUGAGGGAUUGAGCUGAUGAUACGCUCUGUGUUCCCCACAAACUUGGUUAAAUUAAAUCCACCAUUUUGGCAAACUGCUUUGGUGUCCUUUGCUAGCUUAAUAGUCUCAUCUUCUGUGCUUGCCGAUUUGAGAACGUCGUCCACAUAAAAGUUCCUUCUAAGGGUGUUGGCUGCUUCUGACCCGUAUUCACCUUCGUUGUCGUCAGCAGUGCGUUUAAGUGCGUAAUUAGCGCAUGCAGGGGAUGAUACUGCACCGAACAAAUGCACUGCCAUGCAAUACUCUUCGGCCUCCUUCUGUAAAUCGCCGUCUGGCCACCAUAGGAACCUGAGAAAACUUUGAUCUUCCUUCCUUACUCUUACUUGAAAGAACAUUUUUUUCAAUGUCUGCCAUAAAAGCAUACUUUUCUUGCCGGAACCUGGUAAGAACAGCGACUAGGUUACUGCUGAGAUCCGGUCCCUGGAGCAAUUUGUCAUUCAAGGAGUGUCCUUCGAAUGAGGCCGAGCAAUCAAACACCACGCGUAUUUUCGUUGGCUUUUGCGGGUGAUAAAUUCCGUGAUGCGGCAGGUACCAGGUUCUGCCCAACUGAUCUUUAAGAUCGUCAUCCACCUUCCGAGCGUACCCUUUCGAAAUGAUAUCAGACAUAAAGCUGCAGUAAUCCGUGUAAUACUUGUCAUCAGACAUUAGACGUUUCUUGAGGCUGUUCAGGCGCUUCUCAGCUUGAGCAUAGUUGUUUGGGAGCUGAGUGUUCUUAUGUUUGAAAGGGAGGGGCAUUUCAUAGUGCAAGUCCUCGAGAUGAACGAUACCAGUUUCCACGGUCUCGUAGAACUUGAUGUCUUCGCGCGACAAUGAUAUUCCCUUUUCCUUUUCGGAGAAGUCAAGUUCAAACAUUCGUUCAACUGCCUGCGGUGUUAUCUGUUCCUUAACCGUCCUUUGAGAGACUACAUAUCCUCGCGGGGAUAAGGUGUCUUGCUGAUUAAGAUGAAUUCUGUUGCACGUUAAGAUGCUACUCUGACAGGGAGUAUAGAGAGGACCGUUUAUGUACCAUCCGAGCAGCGACCGUACAGCAUAUGGAUCUGAUUCUCUACCGUAAACAAUUUCUCUUGGUCGUAGGGCACUUGGACAGUUCAAUCCGAUAAGAAGACCCACUUCAACAUCUUCCAUGUAGGGGGAAAGUUCGGCACUAACAUCCUUCAAAUGAGACAUCCUACUGAUUACAUCAGGUCGUGGUAUUUCACUGCGGUCCGCUGGAAUGACGUUUCGCGUGAAAGUUCUGGGCAACUCUAACCUUGCACUCUCGUCCUUGACAUUAGCUACGACUAAUCCUUCAAUGGCCUUCGACGUUACGCUGUGUGUUCCAUGGAUUGUAGUAAGAGUGAGGUCAGUGCUACUUCCUUCAACGCCAAGAGCCUUAGCUGCGCUCUCAUUCACAAACGUUCCACCGCUGGCAUUGUCCAGUAAAGCAUAAACUCGUAUUUUCUUCGCUGGAUUACUCUUAUGAAACAACCAGACUGGCAAUAUACCCAUGUUAAUCGGCACAUCUCCAGCUUCAGUUAUGUUGCAGAUGGCAGUGUGAUUGCUACUAACUCGAGGUCUAUCUUGAGGUUGGUUCUUGUCACCUUUGUCGUUCGAUUUCUUAAUUCCAUCAGGGUUGUGUAGUGACGUUGGAUGCUGCUUGUUGCACGUCUUGCACGUUUGCCUUUCCUUGCAAUGCUUUGCAAUGUGCUGGCCGCUAAAGCAGCCGAAGCACAGUUUCUUCUCUACUACAAAGUCUCGACGGUCACUCAGAGAUUUCUUCAAAAACUGUUCACACUCGUUUAAGUUAUGAGGCUUCUUGCAUAAAGAGCAUACAACUGUCUGUUGAUUGCUAUCUUCCUGAUUUACACCAGUAGCAAGGUUUGUCCCUUUUCCCCUUUUUAGCGGCUUUCUUGUAAACUUAAGAUGAGUGCCUCUUUCUUUUUCAUCAUGAUUUGGCUUGCUAACAUAUUGCUCUGAAAACACAGGAUCUGUGGCAAGAUCAGCUUGUUCACGCACGAAUUGGGAGAACUCUUCGAAGUCAGCUAUUCUUCCCUUUGCACUUUUUGUCCUAUUGUUCCUUUCGGUCCAUUUGGUUCGCAGGUACUUGGGUAACUUUUCCCACAGUUGACGCAGUACAUGAGCAGUGUUUAAAUCAUCCAUAUGAGACAUGCCUUUCAUAGCAGACUUGGCUUGAUCCAGGGCAAUAGAGAAAUCUUGGAGGGCUAAACCAUCAUUUGGUCUGAUUGGUGGCCAAGAAGACAAUUUCGUGAUGUGGGCAUUAGCUAUCUUGAAUGGAUCACCGAAUUGUCUCUUUAAAAGUCUCUUAGCUUCUUCAUAGGAUCCUUCCAUUUUCCUUUGUAGACAACCGUUUAUAAUUUCCUUUGCUUUACCUGACGUGUAUUGACCCAGAAAAUAUAAUCUCUCAUUGGAAUCUUCAACCUUUGAUUCGAUUAAUGACUCAAAGGCAGUCAUGAAUAAUGGAUACUCCAUAGCAUCACCAUAAAACAUAGGAGGCUCGUUCGAUGGCAAAAGACUCCUUGCUUGCUGGUUGACAAUAGUCUGAGACAACUCAGUUUGUUUUCGUUGAAUUUCCACAAUGUCUUGGAAAGUAUUGUCUUUGACUGACAAACUUGUUGAACAACCUUGUGGUGGUGAUGGUGGCAGACACCAUACCUGAUCAGGAGCAGUAUACGUAACAGCAGGAGUCGUUGCUAAAGAUGGGUAUGAAGAAGAAUGUACACUCGAGGGUGUUCAUGGGGUUUUGCUGCAUAGGCGGUAGUCUCUUCCUUACUCCGUGAUGCACCAGCAUUUAUCGGUGUUGUGUAAAUGGGUCCUUUCUGAGGUACCGUAAAUGCACUAAGAGGACUAGCUUGUAAAGGCUGUUGAUAAUCUGUAACGCCUAAAGAACUUACAAGUUGUUGCUGCGAAGUUGGUUCCAAAACCAGCAGAGUUACCUGCUUGCAUUGUACAAAUUGGAGGACUUUGUGUAUGAACAGGUGCCAAGGUUGACUCUUCAUUCUUCAUUUCUUCAUAAAUCCUUUCUUCUUCCCUUGCUUGAGCUAAACUCUGUUUUAGCUCUAAAUGUUCAGCUGCCAUUUUAAGCGCUUGCUUUUCCUUCAGGAAUGAUGCUUCAAUUUCCAAUGCUGCAACCUUAGUUUUUGCUUCUACCAACUUAGCUUUAGAUGAAAUUGAAGAUGAGAUGGACCGUUUAGAGUGAUUUGACUUUCUUGUGCGAUGAGACCCACUAGAGAUAACAGAGUUUACUUCAUUUGACUGAUGCCUUUUCGCCUUGGACAAAUAUUCGAUGACAGACUGUUUAAAUUUAAAGACAUCUUCAUCGUGAGCAUCGUACCAUGAAUUGGCAUUAACAAUAACAGUUUCAUCUUCUAACGCGUCAACAUAAUUAUCCUGAGCAUCUUGCAGUUUAACAAGCAAAUUGUUAAGACCUUCCAUUUCAACUGACACAAAUUCAUAAUUCUUAAGAUCAGCAAGUAGCGGUUUCAUUUUGUUUAUCUGUCUAGUUACGUGACGUAACGCCACAGUUCUAUGAUCCUUUAACCUUUGUAAUUCGUGUUGUUUACCUUUAUCCGUUGGAAUUUUUCUCCUUUCGCCCACUCCUAGCGCUUCAGCAUCACGGACCGUCGAUUUUGCUCCCAUAGUCAGUGAACCUUGAACCUUUACUGAAUUAGGAAGUUCCGUUUCUGAUGCUGCAUCCGUUGGCUGACUGUGAAGCGGCGAUAUAACACGAAACAGUUCCGUAUCCAUUGUUGGGGAGUGCGAACGCGAAACUUGCAAGCUCAGCAAAUUGUCAUCCUCAAAAUAAGCCGCAAAUUCCUUGCCUUCACCUUCCAUGACCGUAAAUAUCCCCAAAACCGUAAAACCAGAUCAAAACUAUAGAUAGAUAGAAGCACCACCGUAACUUUUAUAAUCCUUGUAAAUCCAUAAAGUCCAUGAGGUCGUGAAAUAACUGUGGCUGUGAAUGGCGGCACAUGAUAGCCGUGGCGAUGAACAUAACAACAAAACGUUUAAUCAUACACGAGGCUGAAUCAACUCACAAGUAUCAUCACAAACAUCUGUUAGAAAGCUUUAGAAAUCCGUAGCACGACAAAGAAAAACUGAAACAAACGACUUACAAACACUUGGGAAACUUGAAGAAAACCUUAGUGAAACUUCAGGUUAUUUCACGGUGGCCUCGUGCCCGCCAAUGCCGAGGCCCCGUGCGCAUGCUCCUAAUAAACAAGAGGGUAAGCCCGCUGGUCAGGAUACCAGCGGUUACAGUAAUUAUUUUUGUGGCCUCCAAAACAGAUACAAUGCCCACUUAACCCCUGAAAACUUUGGCGCAGUGGUGAGAGGUGGUGAGAGCACUCGCCUCCCACCAAUGUGGCCCAGGUUCAAAUCCCGGCGUCAACACCGUAUGUGGGUUGAGUUUGUUGUUGGUUCUCUCCCUUGCUGCGAGAGGUUUUUCUCCGGGUACUCCGGUUUUCCCCUCUCCUCAAAAACCAACACUUCCAAAUUCCAAUUCGAUCUGGAAUGUACGGACACGUUUAAACGAGUUCAUAUUAACUCUUAAGUGCUUCGUGGGUAAAAAAGCAAUUUACAUUUUGCAUUUUGCAUUUUUAUUCCAAUAAAUCUACCCUACAUACACUUGAAGAUCUUAGGGGGUUUUCCCCAGCCUCAUAGCCUAAGCUAGAUAAAUCUCACUUGCCUGCCAAAGGCUAUUAGACAGCACCUUAAUAUCAACUUCCAUUUAUGUGCAGGGCUGUGUUCUAGCUAGCAGAGCUUGGUGGCCCUUGGUGCACAACUUUUACUCUCGGACGACUAUAAAAUCUCAGAUUUUUAAUACAAAUCAUAUGCUGGGCACCCUAGAUUUUACAUGUCCAGAGCACUGGGCUCCCUUGAAUUUUCCUUCGAGCACAGCGUUGAUGCAUGCAUGCAUGCAUGCUAUAACACUACUAUGAUCUGCUUCACCUUCUAUCAACAGGUAGGAAGACUUCAACAGAAAGUGGAUGAGAUGGAAAUGACUCAAAGAGAUUUAGUUGCUGAGUAUGAGGAACAUGUAUUGCAUCUGAAAGAAGAGGUAUAUCAGGGCUGAACUGCUAGUCUCUGGUUUACAAACAUGUUCUAUUCAAUGAAUCAACCACAGUUUUCCACUGUCUACACUAGAUCAUAGAAAUUACUGUAUGUAAAACUUUUAAAACAAAACUGGGACCACAAGCCAAUGGCAAGCGGUUUUGCCGUUAGGCUGCGUGGCACUGGUCUCAAAAGGGGUAGGGAAUGAGGAGAAAAGUGGGAAGAUUGCUUUUUUUUUCUCAUCCGCUAGCCUUUUGUGUCUACCAUGCAGACUAUUUUUGCCUCAAAGCUUUGACAAUUGUUGAUGUCUUUUCUGUACUGUACAUUGUUGAAGUGACCUUUUGUAAACUUCCACUUCUUGUGAAAUGUCUCAGAAGAAUCGGUGCAAAAGACAGGGAAAAUUAAAUUGCAGGCACCAUCAUUGCAUUAGUUUUAUUUUAGGUACACUCCAGUCCUGUAGUCAACAGCUCUUGAUACAAAAUUUGCUGCUACAUGUAUAAUGUAUCAAUUGCUUGGCAGCUUUUCAAAUUAUAGCUCUAAUUAAGUCCAAAGUGGUCAAGUAAACCAAAUUAAUGUUGACUCUUUGGCAAUUUUAUUGUGUCACUUCAAAGACAGUUACUAUUCUUAUGUUUGUGAAAUUCAAUUUACAUGUACAGAAUACACAUACUAUAUAAAAAUCACUGAAUUUUCCUGCUUACAACUCAACUUAUUUUUCAGGUUGACAACCUGAAAUAUGAACAUGACAAACUCCAAAAGAAAAGCAACAAACAAGCAGCUCAGGUUGAAAAAGAAAGAGACCAGGUAAUUUUAAUUUUUUAUUAUUUUAUUUUAAAUGAUACUACAAUCUUAGUCUAUUAGGUCUUUCAGAAUUUUCUCUCAGUUGCAAUUGACUCCAUUUCAGCUUUUCACUAAUCUGAAGUCCAAAGGCACAGAAGUGGACACUCUCAAAGAUCAAAUUGAGGUAGUAAAUUUUGAAUAUAACCCCUUGUAACUAUACAGUUAGUCUGCUACACAGCUGUUGUAGUGUCGUUACGCAAUGUUCCUGGGAAGGAGCAUUGUGUGACAACACUGAAAAUGGCUGUGUAGCAGACUACUGAAGUUCCAUUUAAAGUGGCCAUCUUCAGGGUACCAGUAAGUGGCUGGCCUCUUUAUAGAGGUUGGCCUCUUAGUAGAGGUUCAUCAUAGAUACGAUUAAUAAUCUUUAACAGAAACAUUACUUUAAAGAUCUUCAAAUGUACAUUGUAAUUAAUUUGCAUGGUAGGAAUAUCAGGCCAAGAUGCUGGAGCUUGAAGGAGGACGUAAAGCGAGAGAUGAUCGCAUCAAAGCACUGGAGAAUCAGAAGAAGGCCUUGAUUGAGAAAAGCGAUCUCAUGCAGGUACUACAAGACUCUUUUUGGUAUGCAUUUGUGUAUCAUGUCAGAGUUGUGCUUUAGCAGUGCACAUUGGCUUGUGCCAACUUACAUGUACUUUUGCAUUUUGGUAUGAAUUAGUUCUUGCCUAAAAAUUAUAUUCUGGCACCCUCUGCACCCUGGACUACUUAGGCACAAAGCAUUAAUAUACCCACUAAAAAUUUUGUAAAAUAGAGAAGACCUUGUCAUUCAUUAAUUCAUGGUUUGUCAUGUAUCUACACUCUAAGACAGAAACAGUUGGGAUAGCAAAACGCCCACCCCCCUGAAAUCAAGUAUGAAUCCAAGCCGAAAGGCCAAAACAUGUCAUUUUCAUGUUUGUUGAUUUGUUGGGGGAAGGGGUGUCUAAAAUUUCUGUUUAUUGUGUCUAAGAUUGUAGCUUACAAGUGUCUCAUAAACCAAAUCUACAAUUUUAUGCCAGAAAUGUUGUUUGUUUUACAAGAACAUGUGACUUGUCAUACAUGUAUAUUAUGUAAACACUGAGUGAAAUGAUUAAAAACAAGUACUGCUAGGAGACUAGUCAAAGCCGUCUGACUCCAACACUACAGUUUUCACUGAAAGUUUUCUUUUCCAAAAAUUAAAGUUAGCUCAUUAAAUGUAGAAGACUUCAGUAAAGCCUCACAAACACAAUUGAGUCAUUCUAAGUGCACAUAAAGAGACUGUGUCGCGGUUGUCUAUUUCAUUUGGUUAAUUAUGUCAACUAAACGUCCUUGUUUGCUAUAGACCUUGCAUGACCUUGAGAAAUUACUUGUUGUAAGUGACAAAACCAGCAUUAGAUCAAACCAUAUCCAACUGUACAAAGAACAAUCCUAGACUUUUAAAUGCCCUUGGCAGCUAUAAAAAGUUUUCAAAACCACAUCUGCAACCUGUUUUGAUCUUUUUUAAGUUUGUCCAUCCUUGAUUUCUUUUGUAUUCACUGUGUUAUACCUUCUUUUAAUGUUUUGAGCGGUUAUUUUUAUGUUUCAAUCAAACUGAUGGCAAUUCUUACAGUUUGAAUUUUGUUAAAGUUUGUGACACAGCUCCUGCAUUUUAUUUUUAGCAACAGUUACUUGGAUACCAGGCACAGCUAAAUAAAAGAAGACAGAUGAUGGAAAAUCUUGAACGUGAUCAUCAACAGGAGAUGGCUGAAUUACACAAUCAGGUAUGAUUCACUGUCAGAACAGUCUUGAGUAACUUCUAUAUACAUGUAAAGUCGACUCCCGAUAACUCGAACCUUUAAGGGAAAUCAAAAAAGGUUCGAGUUUUCGGGAGUUCGAAGUAAAUAACCGGAAAUAAGCAAAUAAGCAAAUGGGAUGGGGAAGGAAUGCAAGUAUCAUGUACACUUCACUUCAAGAACAGCAACUGCAAGAAAUAGAUUGAUAUUUUGAAAACGUUAAGUAGCAACAAAGCUUGAUUUGUAUGCAGGGCUGGACACUAUUUUUGGAACUGGACUGACAAAAAAGUAAAUACCAGGGAUACACGGUUGUUUUGAAAUAAACUCAUUGUCUCGGAUCAAGACUGCAGAAAACCCCUUUUCCUCCUCGAAGGAAUUAACUUGUAUCGAAACGACCGGUAACCGUUUUUUCCUGAACCAUAUUACUUCCAAUAUAUUACUCCAAAACCUCUCAUCCUGAGUCAGAUUGAAGUAAGCUCCUUGCUUUGCCAAUGUGAAGAGGAUAGUGCAGUACGGUAGUGCUGUUCAGUUCCUUCAUCCAUACAAUCACAUGUUACAUUCCCAAGACUGAUCAUUAGAUCUCAAAAAAAAACAAAACAUUUAUCAAAUUGCAGCUUGGCCGAGCAAAAGAUGAAUGUGAUGGAACGGAAGACACUGUUCAACAGUAAGAAUUAUUUUACAGACAAUGUAAAUUGAUGUGAUUAUAAAAGUUCAGAUGAAAUCGGUUUGUUUGUUAGUUUUCUUGUUGUGUGGGGUAAAGCAUUACUGUAGUUCAGUUCAAGGAACUUGUUCUGACCAAUCACAGCAUGCUCAUCUGUGAUACGUUAUUUUGUAUAAUCCCUAGAGUAAGAACAUAUUAACAUGUGCACUGGUGAAGAUUUACCGACUGAAGUAAUAGCUUUUUCGUUUUCUUAGAGUGCUUUCUAUUUGUCAGAACUGACCCGCCAGACCAUUCCCAUCGUAUUGAGAAUUUCACUUUUAAUCAAAAUUGUCCAGGCAAAUCAUUAAAUUCCUAAAUAAUAUAUGCACGUUGUUGAUGGGUUUUUGAGCGAAAACUAAAACAAAAACGCCUCCUUCAUUUUAAAUUGGUUUAAUGUCAAGGCGCCCGAAAGUCGUCUCGCCCGAAGUUAUGUCACCCGAAACCUUUAGUUAAGUAGCCGAAAAUGCUAAGCAAUCAGUGAGUAAUGUCGCCCGAAAUUUCGUCAUGCUCAACAACAUCCUUACAUCACACACACAAUCUUCUCUGUGUCUGUGUAGUACACCUGAUAAACCUUCGGGUGAUAUAAUUCAGCUUUUCGGGCUGCAUAAUUCUGGUUUCCUGCAGGAUGACUUUCGUGCGACUUGACCGGUUACCUUCAAAAUGACCCUCCGACUGGCCAGUUCUGACUUUUGGAAAGCGCCCUUUGUUCUCAACUACACCUGUAAUUCCCCUCUCCAUUCAUGUGUAAAGUCAACUGUGGCAUAGGGGGAUUAUGCGGAGUUGUAUGUGGUCGAGUACCGCCGGUACCGCCCCAGAAGACUGUCUUUGAUACCUGUUACAAUAGAGACCUUUAGAUUCUAAGACGAGGACGACCAUGAGCGCGAGAUUUUCUAAGUGGUGCGCGCGUGAACCAGUGUCCUUUUGGCGGGAAAACGUGAUAGCCGUCGUCAUUCUACUACGGGUUUUAGCGACAAUAGGGCCAUUUAUACGAGGAAAAAUAAGACGCGUCUUACAUAAAACGCGUCUUAAAUAAGACGCGAACUUUCCUUAUAAACGGCACAUUUUGUCUAAAAUAAGACGCGGUUUAGCUAAGACGCGUCUUAUUAGAUAAGAGAUGCUCGUAUAAAUGGUACAGUUCGCGUCUUAUUUAAGACGCGUCUUAUUUUUCCUCGUAUAAAUGGCCCUAAUGUCGUUGUGGCAGAAACAAGUUAUCAAAUGUUAGAAGUUUUAUCAUUUUGCGCACGGGAGAGGGCUUAAACUCCUUCAAUAAAAAUAAUCGUGCUGACUUUUCUGGUGAAGUAUAUUACAAUGAAGCUACCCGUAGUUUCUAUGUUUUGAGAGUUCGCGAGAAAACUUUAAGUUUAAUCUCGUCCUUGUAGUCGCCCUCAUACUCGCAAUUUAGGGAGCUUUAGCAACGACGACGGCGACGGCAACGAGGACGUCAAAAAAGCAAUAGGUUUAUUGAGCAAAACAACUACUUUGCAGGUGCAUCACGCUUUUUUGAACAUUUCUUUACCGUCCUUGCCCGACUACGACGUGAAAAUGCCUCAUUCCAAUUUUAAUGGAAGACGUAAACAAGCGACGACGAAUCUCUUUUUCUCUCUCUAAACUUGAGUGUGGUCCUCAAGAAAUCAACUCCAGGGAAAUUCGCCCACACUUGCCAUUUUUAGCAAAUUGGAAUAAACGCGACAAAGAUUGAAAAAAACGGGAAUUCAUUUUAAAACUGACGUUUUCGCUGCCGUUGCCGUCGUCGAUGCUAGGGCUCCCUGUUGUCUCUAAUGAGAACUUAGGGAAACACUAAACAUGCCUUGUAAAUGUUGUUGGUACGCUGCUUGUGUAGUUUGUUUUAUAAACGUAACGUAUUAUUAACAGGCUCAAGAGUUCCUUAGAAGAAGCAUUAGCUUCCAACAGAGAGCAAGCUUCUGACAUUGCUAAUCUGCAGGAUGAACUCAGAAGGAUUCACUCCUCAGUUCAGGUGAUUACUUAUGUCCAGAAAUACAUGCAAUUGCGAAAAUGGCGAAAAAUCGCCAGACAGCUGGCGAUUUAAAUUGGAUGCCAAAAGUGGCCCCUUGGACAGUGGCGAUUUUGGCGAAAAUUCGCCAAAGAUUUAGUGAAACUUGUUUGUUUAGUUUGUUUUGUUUUUCCUGGUUAAUUUAUUUAUGGUGUAUGGCAUAAGAUUUAUAUUACAGUCAGAUAGUUUGGUUUGUACUGUAGAGACUAGAGGAAGAAAAUACGCAUCUGCAGUUGGAACUCCAAGCAAGAGAUGAUCUUAUCAGGGUAACUUAUCAAUAUAUUCGAUCUUUUUCGUUUUUCUGUUGUUACUGUAGUUUGUUUGAUAUGUUCCUUCACCAUGAAAGAUCAUCAGGUUGCCGGCUGCGGUGGGUAUAUGAUUGGGAGAUUUCUUUAAACUUUUGAAAGAGAGAUUUUAAGGCUCAACUGUCAUUUUAUAUGGUGGGUUUUGGACCUUAAACCAUGAUUCUAAAAUCUAAGUUUGACCGAGCAAUUGAACUUGGAAAACGUAAUAUAUCAGUACUGAGUUUUUGUUAAUAAAAUGUAGGCCGCAGAAGUUGACCAAAGACAGCACUCAGAGGACAUGUCUAAAUUGGAACAGAGUUUGGUCAUGAAAGAUGAAGUUAUCAGGUAAGCUAGAAGUUGCACUGAAAAUGGUAAUAACAUAACUAAGUGUUAAAUCCCUCUUUGCAUCGACAACAAUCAUUAAGUUGUGUCACAACUGCUAAAAUUACCCUUCCAUGGCCAUGUGAAU